CCUACAGGACAAUUUGCACAUGCUUACAUACUGUUUUCAAAACUGUUAAACUUAUGUUCAAAACAAUAACAUAAUACAAAACUGAAUAAGACAGCAAUUUGCUACAUUUCUACAGGAAUAUUUUAAUGAAAUAUAUUUUACAUCUUAAAAUUAAAUGCUAUAAAAAUAAGUGGACAAUUGGACCAACCACAGCUGAUUCUCAUUGUAGAUGAACAUCUACACAGGUGUUACUCUUUCAAUUUCAUUACAAAAGGAGACAACUGCUGAAUAGUUUUGUAUUGUGAUGUAAACAUGGACCCAGCCAGAAACAGAGAAGUGGCUGAAAGAGGAAGAAGAGGGGCUGGGAGGGGGCGAGGAAUACGUAUGCGUGGUGGAAGAAGAAUAAGAGGAAGACCAAGAGCUGUAGUUUCAGAUGAGAUCAGAGCUACUGUAAUUGAUCAUGUUGUAAAUCAUGGUCUCUCAAUGAGAGAGGCUGGUCAGAGAGUGCAGCCAAAUCUGCAACGCUCAACAGUGGCAUCUAUUGUUAGAGUUUUCCGGCAAACCAACAGGAGUCAACGGUUACCUCACACAGGUGGGAGAGGAAGGAUGCUCACUGAUGUGCAGGAAACUGCCAUUGUUGAUAUGGUCAUCAGAAACAAUGGCAUAAAACUCACUGAGAUUCGAGACACAGUUUUGGCAGACAACAUUACUUUUGCAAAUAUUCACAGUGUAAGCAUCACAACUAUUUCUAGAGUCCUGAAAAAACAUCAGGUAAGGAUGAAACAGUUGUACACUGUGCCUUUUGAGAGGAACUCUGAACAUGUCAAGCAACUCAGGAACCAAUAUGUCCAGAGAGUCAUGGAGAUUGAAGGCAGGCAAACGCCCCACAUUUUCAUCUUUGUGGAUGAGGCAGGUUUCAACCUGGCCAAAACACGGCGACGAGGAAGGAAUGUGAUUGGGAAGAGAGCCACAGUGGAUGUCCCGGGCCAGAGGGGUGCCAACAUCACAAUGUGCGCAGCAAUAUCCACUGAUGGACUGCUGUUACACAAACCACUAAUUGGGCCAUACAACACUGAACGUCUCCUUGUGUUCCUGCAUGAUCUCUAUGGAAGGGUUGUGCUAGGUGAGGAAAGGGAUGCAGAGAGAAGAAAUCCACCAACAUUUAUAAUUGUAUGGGACAAUGUGGCAUUUCACCACUCUCGUGCAGUCACCGAGUGGUUUGCAGCCCAUCCCAGAAUGGUGUCACUUUUCCUCCCACCUUACUCUCCAUUCCUCAAACCCAUAGAGGAAUUCUUUUCCUCAUGGAGGUGGAAGGUUUAUGACCACCAUCCACAUAAUCAAAUGUCCCUCCUGGACGCAAUGAAUGCUGGAUGCCUGGACAUAUCAGCAGAAGAUUGUCAGGGAUGGAUCAGGCAUGCCAGAAGAUUCUUUCCUAGGUGUAUUGCCCUAGAUGACAUAAGAUGUGAUGUGGAUGAGAACCUGUGGCCAAAUGGAGAAGACCGAGUAGAUUAGCAUUACUAUUGUAUCUGUAUCAGUGGAUGAUGUGAAUACAAAUUCUUGUAUUUUGGAAUUACUCCUAAAAACAAAUAAAAGACAUAAAAUAUAUUGAA